AUGCGUUCUAUUAUCGUUGUCUGCUUACUAUCCAUUGUUGCCAUUCAAGUAAAUGGCCAAGAUAUCAGUGGUAUAGCCUCGGGUGUUUUCAAUAAUCUUCUUAGCUCAGUUGUUUCACAAUGGGGUAACAUGUCAUCAGAAGAUAUGGCUUCGUUCGUUGAUAAAUUGACUCAACCAGGUGGUUUGAGUCAUGUAUGGAAUGCAAUGGAUGAACAUUGCGGUUCACAUUUUGACUGUGGUCCGGAAGCAUGUUGUCUUGAGCCAAAUCAUAGUGGAAAACGAGCUUUCACUGACUCAGGCAAUUUACACACGUCAAGCUAUUGUGCCCCAUUGAAACAACUUGGACAAACAUGUUCAUUCCAUCACAGUGGAGAAAGAACAUCGAAAUUUAGUUGUCCAUGUGGAAAAGAACUUCAAUGUGUUUCUGGUGGCUCAUUUUCGAUUCAUCCAUUGAUUACACUUCAAAAGAACUCCGUUUGCAAAACUGCUUAA